AUGGCGGCGGCGGAGGCCGGAGCGGGAGAGGGCGAGGAACUCCUCGUCCGCUCCAUCGAGGAAGGGGGCGGGCUGUGCGUGGGUGAGCGGUCCUGGCGGCUCAACUUCGACGGCCUCCGACGCCAGGAGGCGGAGCAGCAGAGGCCGUCGCGCAGCCUCCAUGACUGCCUCGGCAUGCUAGCUCAACGCCCUGGAGACGUUCUGGCUGAAUACUACAACCAACAAUUGGAGAUGCUGGAAGGUUUCAGUGAAAUGGAUACACUCACAGACCGUGGCUGCCUUCCUGGACUAUCCAAGGAAGAACGUGAGAAGAUUGCUCGUAGUGAAACAUUAGCCAUCCGAUUAUCUAACAUAGCAAAUAUGGUUCUUUUUGCUGCAAAAGUGUAUGCCUCGCUAAGGAGUGGCUCCCUAGCUAUUAUUGCUUCAACACUGGAUUCUCUACUUGACUUGCUAUCCGGGUUUAUUUUAUGGUUUACUGCGUUCUCAAUGCAAACACCAAACCCAUACAGGUACCCAAUUGGUAAAAGGCGCAUGCAACCUUUGGGAAUACUUGUUUUUGCUUCUGUUAUGGCAACACUCGGUCUUCAAAUUAUCCUAGAAUCCACACGCUCAUUGAUAUCUGAUGGAGGUGAAUUCCGCUUGACAAAAGAACAGGUUAUGUGGGUUGUUGAUAUCAUGCUUGCGGUGACAUUGGUGAAGCUUCUGCUGGUUAUAUAUUGCCGCUCAUUCACCAACGAAAUUGUGAAGGCAUACGCACAGGAUCACUUUUUUGAUGUUAUCACCAACAUUAUUGGCCUUGUGGCCGCACUUCUUGCUAACUAUUUUGAAGGCUGGAUUGACCCAGUUGGAGCUAUCAUCCUAGCGAUCUACACGAUCAGGACAUGGUCUAUGACGGUGCUAGAGAACGUCCAUUCACUGGUUGGCCAGUCGGCCUCACCGGAGUUUCUCCAGAAGCUCACCUACCUGUGCUGGAACCAUCACAAGGCUGUGAGGCACAUCGACACGGUGCGGGCGUACACGUUCGGCUCCCACUACUUCGUGGAGGUGGACAUUGUUCUGCCGUGCGACAUGCCCCUGCAGGAGGCGCACGACAUCGGCGAGGCCCUGCAGGAGAAGCUGGAGAGCCUGCCCGAAAUCGAGCGCGCCUUUGUCCACCUCGACUACGAGUUCACCCACCAGCCCGAGCACGCUCGGUCCUACGACACAUAAUAUAGCCUGAAGGCCCUGGUGCUGUUCGUGGAGCUUCAGAGAGUGCCUGUGCUGAACUGCUGAAGGUAUCGAAGUAAGCCCAGUUUCAGAAAUCUGGAUGUUGCCUGCUGUGCUUCUGUCUUUCUGUGGUUGGCUACUGGAUAAUGGGGCUCAGGCACUGCAUGAAUUACGAUGCUUAACCUGUUACAAACUUACAAUA